AGCCCCGCAGCGCUUCUUAUGAUCAGCUCGGUGUGUGUCUCCUCCUACCGCGGGCGCAAGUCGGGGAACAAGCCUCCGUCCAAAACAUGUCUGAAGGAGGAGAUGGCCAAGGGCGAGGCGUCGGAGAAGAUCAUCAUCAACGUGGGCGGCACGCGACAUGAGACCUACCGCAGCACCCUGCGCACCCUACCGGGAACCCGCCUCGCCUGGCUGGCCGACCCCGACGGCGGGGGCCGGCCCGAGACCGAUGGCGGCGGUGUGGGCAGCAGCGGCAGCAGCGGCGGCGGGGGCUGCGAGUUCUUCUUCGACAGGCACCCGGGCGUCUUCGCCUACGUGCUCAACUACUACCGCACCGGCAAGCUGCACUGCCCCGCCGACGUGUGCGGGCCGCUCUUCGAAGAGGAGCUCACCUUCUGGGGCAUCGACGAGACCGACGUGGAACCCUGCUGCUGGAUGACCUACCGGCAGCACCGCGACGCCGAGGAGGCCCUCGACAUCUUCGAGAGCCCGGACGGAGGCGGCAGCGGCGCGGGGCCCAGCGACGAGGCCGGCGACGAUGAGCGGGAGCUGGCCCUGCAGCGACUGGGCCCCCACGAGGGAGGCGCGGGCCAUGGCGCCGGGUCUGGGGGCUGCCGCGGCUGGCAGCCCCGCAUGUGGGCGCUCUUCGAGGAUCCCUACUCCUCCCGGGCCGCUAGGGUAGUGGCCUUUGCCUCUCUCUUCUUCAUCCUGGUCUCCAUCACCACUUUCUGCCUGGAGACCCAUGAGGCCUUUAAUAUCGACCGCAACGUGACAGAGAUCCUUCGCGUAGGGAACAUCACCAGCGUGCACUUCCGGCGGGAGGUAGAGACAGAGCCCAUCCUGACCUACAUCGAGGGCGUAUGUGUGCUGUGGUUCACACUGGAGUUCCUGGUGCGCAUCGUGUGCUGCCCCGACACGCUGGACUUCGUCAAGAACCUGCUCAACAUCAUCGACUUUGUGGCCAUCCUGCCCUUCUACCUGGAGGUGGGGCUGAGCGGCCUGUCAUCCAAGGCGGCCCGCGACGUGCUGGGCUUCCUGCGCGUGGUGCGCUUUGUGCGCAUCCUGCGUAUCUUCAAGCUCACACGCCACUUCGUGGGGCUACGCGUGCUGGGCCACACCCUGAGGGCCAGCACCAAUGAGUUCCUGCUGCUUAUCAUCUUCCUGGCCCUGGGUGUGCUCAUCUUUGCCACCAUGAUCUACUAUGCUGAGCGCAUUGGGGCCAGGCCCUCCGACCCUCGGGGUAAUGACCACACCGACUUCAAGAACAUCCCCAUUGGCUUCUGGUGGGCUGUGGUCACCAUGACGACACUGGGCUACGGAGACAUGUACCCCAAGACGUGGUCAGGCAUGCUGGUAGGGGCACUGUGUGCGCUGGCUGGCGUGCUCACCAUCGCCAUGCCGGUGCCUGUCAUCGUCAACAACUUCGGCAUGUACUACUCCCUGGCCAUGGCCAAGCAGAAGCUGCCCAAGAAACGGAAGAAGCACGUGCCACGGCCGGCCCAGCUGGAGUCACCCAUGUACUGCAAGUCUGAGGAGACCUCCCCCCGGGACAGCACCUACAGUGAUACCAGCCACACUGCCCGGGAAGAGGGUAUGAUCGAGAGGAAACGGGCAGACUCUAAGCAGAAUGGCGAUGCCAACGCAGUGCUGUCUGAUGAGGAGGGAGCUGGCCUCACCCAACCCCUGGCCUCCUCCCCCACCCCCGAGGAGCGCCGGGCCCUGCGACGCUCCACCACUCGAGACAGAAACAAGAAGGCAGCUGCCUGCUUCCUGCUCAGCGCUGGGGACUAUGCCUGCGCCGAUGGUAGUGUCCGGAAAGGCACAUUCGUCCUCCGUGACCUUCCCCUUCAGCGUUCACCUGAGGCUGCAUGCCCUCCAACUGCUGGGACUCUGUUCCUGCCACAUUGAGGAAGGGGGCUGGGCACGACAUGGCAUCAUACUCAGGAGCCUUCUUCACCAGCUCCUUGGGACAAUGGAAUAUCCCAGGGUGGUGACAGCAGAUGGAGCUACUUGGGGGAGAGCUCAAGUUGGUCAGGCAACAGCUGGGGUGAUGGCCUGUGAGCCACAGGCCACAUCAGGAACUUUCCCCACUGCCUCCAUGCAAGGCUGCAGAGCUAUGGUCCCUUUCUCCACUGCACUGGAGCUUUGAAGACCUAAGAGGCUAGUGGUUCCUGGAGCUAGUGGUUACCUGAACAGGUAUGGCGAUGAGCUACAACAUCACCUGAGUCACCAGAGUUGGGUUGGCAGAGGGGUGAAGGGUUCACCCCAUUCCCUGACCCAUCCAUGCUCUUCCUGGCCUUUUAGCCCUGGGUUCCUCAUGCCUUCCAGCUCUGUUCCUGGCCUACUCCUUAGCCCACACCCUGUGGGUCAGCAGCUGGCUUCCUUCUAACAUCUCAUUCUUUGUUUCUCCCUUUCUUUUGCUGAACUCCCUGUCCCCCCAACCCCAGAAGGCAAUGUUGAGCCGAAAGCGUGCGUCCCAGUGUCUCACACCUGUGCUCUUUAAACACAGAGACCUGCCAAGACGCCCUCUCGUCCAACUAUGCCCAGGCUGAAGUCCUCACCCUCUCUUAAAGCGGCACCAACGUGAGAGAGACAGGCAGACAGACAGAAAGCCAGAGGCUUAGGGAAACUCUGGAACCCAGACAAGAAUCUUUUCGCUGGGAAAGACUCAGAUAUCCUUGUUUGCACAGGACUGGUGGAAAAUCUCCCAUGCGACCCUCGGGGCCCAGAGCCAUCUGGGUCUGAUGUUCUGUUCCAUUGUACAUUGAAGAGAUAUAUAUGCACAUAUAGUAUCUAUAUUCAUACAUACUAUACUCUUGUGUGUAGUGCACGUGCUAUUGGUGGUUUGUCUUCUUUGUUAGGCUGUGUCUCCCUAAGCCCUUGCCCCACCCAGAGUUUCCCAUCCCCUUCACUGAUUUCUGUUGUUUCUGCUGACUGUGUGGGUGGAAUGUCCCAAGAAAAGUGCAUCUGGGAAUUGCCGGUGCAGCUGGGUAGUCCCAGGCUCCUGUCUUGGGGAUGUUUCCCCUGUCAGCAAGUAACCUGGUGAAGUCUAUUGAAGGCCAGACUGCCCUCUAGGGUCACUGCUUCACUAGCCCCACCCCACCCCAGAUUGGGGUUCUACCUCCCACCCCACAUCCUCGUUGUGGGGGGACUUCCAGGGGCUCCUCUGCAGCCUCCUCCACUACUUCCUCCACCCCAUCUAUGUCCUUGACUUAGGGGGGCAUUUUGUCUUUUUUAAAUUUGAUUUUGUUCUGUCUCCUUUGUCUGUUUGUUGUCAAAGAUGCUGCUGGGCAGACGGGCAGGGAAAGGAUCUGUCUGCCCAUCUGGCCCAGGGGGUCCGAGAAGGGAAGCCUUGGGCAAGAGGAGACCAGUUGCAAUACUGUACUUCCUGGCCAGUGGCCAGAGGAUGUGUGCAAUAGCAGAGGCCAGGUGACCCCUUCAGCCUUGGCCUCUGCCCCUCCCUUGGCCCUCCCUCCCUGCUCCUCCCUGGUGUUGGUCAGUCCUUUUCUAAAGCUGUCCCCUCGUGUGUGUCUGGGGCAUGCCCAGGCUGGGCCCUGUGCCCUGUCUGCAUGCCUCCAACUGUCAUGCUGUGCUCGAGCCCCAAUAAAGACAUCUGGAGCAUCCUGCUGCUCCUGCUGUGUGAGCACCUGCCUCUGCCUCUCCUUUCUGGCUCUGUGUCUGUUGGGACCUCCUGGGGCUCUCACCCCUGACACCUGAGGAGUGCACACACUCAGCAUAACCCCACUCCAGCAGGAAUCAUCAGUGUGGCCUGACCCCUGCAUUUUACAGGGAGAGACUAGUGCUCAGAGAGGACAAGUCAUCUGCCCAAAGCCACACAAAGAGGACUAACCCAGGACCCCGAGUCUCAAACAGUGUUCUAAUAUCCACUGCUGUCCCCAAGCCCCUGCCACAACAUGGAAGAAAAGACUGUUCUUUGUUUAAGGAAUUCCACUGCAUUCCGUUUGUGCAGGGGGCCUCCCCUCCUCCCUGCAGUUGUACCAGUUCUAAAUGGGCCAAGACCCUGGGGAUGCCAAAGUUAUUGGCUGGAUGGCUGGUGAGCUGAGGCCAACUAGAGACUGGUGGCACAACUGGGGACCACUUAGGGAUGGAGAGUGAACACAUCCUGGGCCUGGAUAGGACGGGGAGAUGGUGAGUGAUGGUCAGACGUGGCCCUUGGCUCUCACUGUUGUUAUCCCUCUCACGUUCACAUAGGGGCACACGCAGGGCCAGCUUCAUGGGUGUGCAACCUGUGCAGCCACUCAGAAGGGCCCCAUGCUGGGUUUAAUGCUUGGUUGUCACCAUCAUGAAAUUAAUAAUGGUUGAACAGGGGCCCUGCGUUUCCAUCUUGCACCAGGCUCUGGCGGGUCUGGUUGCCUGCUUGCCUCUCCUUAUUCUUGUCUUACUCCUCACUCUUACUCUGGGCAUCUGUGUAGGACCAUAGGGGCCUCAAUUCAAAGUCUUGCUUUGCUGCUUGCUAGCUGGGUAACUUGGGGGUGACUCACCGAAACGGUUUCCCUGUUUGUUAGGGAAUAAUGAUGGCCCCUAUUUCAGAGACAGUGAAGAGCCUGGCCUGGUGUCAUGUGUCUACCUGUGAUAUGACAUAUAGUAGCGGCACAGUGUCAGCUCCCUCCCUGCCCUGUUCCUGUCACUCUCAGACUUUUCUCCACAGACUUCUGAGAUCUCCGUGUCCAGCUGCACCAAGAAAGGACAAGAACACACCCGGGAGCUGUCUUGGGCAGUGUAGAACAGCAGGGUGAGGACGGAAUGGCCGAGGAGAGGGAAGAAGCCAGGGGAAGCCUGUUCCUGAAGUGUAAGGAAAGAUCGGGCUUGGAGCCUGGGCCAGCCGAGGCAAGGGGGUGGCAGGCAGCCAGUGUCAAUUAAAGAUAAAAUUUCUCCUCCGGUAGUGGAGGGCAAACAGCGGCUGUGGCCCCCCUAGACAGGAGAAAGCCAUUUGCAGCCAGGCUGGCCUUGGAAAAGCUUGGCCAGGCGAUAAUGGGAUGGGAUGCGCUGCUGACUCCAUAAUGAUAUUACGCAUCAGGGCCCACGGCCAAAGUGGCUGUUUUUUCUGUAGAUCGAUGUGGAACCAUUUCAUGGUCAGGGGCUGAGAACCCAGCCAGCAGCAGGGGUACCAGAUGCCAGAGUGGUCCUGAGGGGACUGAAGGGGUGGCAACUGGGGUCCCCAGUGACCGUUUCAGGCUGCUGGAAGAGGAGGGGGCAGUGUGCAGGAGGGUGGAGGGGUGGACGAGAGAAGCAGCAGACUGCCCCUCCUCCCCACCUCACAGAAACAGCAGGCCAUGCUGUCAAGGAAGAAAGGGCUCUGGCUUCCUCCUGUCCCCCAAAGCUGGAGUCGAGCCCAAGGUAGGGAGCUGGUUAAAAGAGCAGGACAUUGUUUAAAAGAAUAAGACAGACUUUUGAAAUCAGGCAGACUUGGGUUUGAGUCCUGACUCCAUCACUUCCUUGUUGUGUGACCCUGGGCAAGUUACUCAACCUCUCUGAACGUCUAUUUCCUCAUCUUUUAAAUGUAGUAUCUGCCUGAGGCAGUGUCUCUCUCAUUGAGCCAUGAGGAGAAAUGAGUCGGCACCUGUAAAGCCUCGCGCACAGUGCCUAGCACAUAACCAUUGCUAGAGGGAGAGGGGAGUAUUUUGGGGCAACUCACUCCAGUAACAGAUGACCAGUUUGGUUUGAUGACCUCACUUUUCAGUGAAUCAGCCUCAUUUCAGUGAAGUCCUUAGUCCUUAUCUCCUUGUGAAGGAAUAAGAGGGGAUGAUUAUACCUAACAGCGAACAAUUUAUUGAGUGCUGGGCAGUACAUUUCAUGCUUAUAAAGAUGCAUUCCAAGAUUGAUGUUAUCAUUACCUUUGUUUUACGAGGAGAAAACCAACACAACAAUGUCAGGUCAUUUCUCCAAAGUCACACAGCCAUUAAGUAGCAAAGCUGGGAUUCAAACUCAGUCCGGCUCUGUGAGUCCAAUGCUUAGCCACUCUCUGAACUGAGUGGGGCUUGGGAGUCAUAACCCCCAGUGUAGGAGUUUGUGCUUUUAGUGUUAUUUCCUUAACUGCAAUUGAUUCUCAUAGCAAAGGUAUUGUUUUCCCCUUUCACAGAUAAGAAACCAAGGCUUGGAGAAGUGAAUCACUAAACUCACUCUCCCUUUUACGUGUAUGUACCCCACCCCACACACACAUAAAGUGAGGAGGAAUGUCCUCUUGGGAUUCAUUCAUUAAUUAGCAGCAGGUAACACCCAGCUCAGUGACUGCUUGGUUCCUUCCCUCUGCGACCCCACUGGAAUUUUAUUCUCUGAUGCACAGAAGUGGGUAAGUGGGGGUAGGACUGCUCUGGAACCCAAGUUACAUGAGGAGUGGCUCAAGCUGGAGAAGUCUUGGAAACCUGAUCCCAACUACCAGGUGUUUAAAGGGUACCUGUGGGGAAGUGGGUUUAGAUUCUUCUCUGAUUGCAGAGAGCAGAUCCGGAAAUAAUAGGUGGAAAUGUUAGGAGGUCAGAUUGGGUUUAAAUUUUAAAAAAUCUUUUUUUAAUGAAAUUUUUGAUUUGUAAUUUUUGUGGGUACAUAGUAGGUAUAUAUAAGAACCUUAUUUUCUGUUGUUUCCCUUGCUAUUAUAAAUUUAUUACUGCCAGGCAUGGUGGCUCAUGCCUGUAAUCCUAACACUUUGGGAAGCUGAGGAGAGUGGAUUGCUUGAGGCCAGAAGUUUGAGACCAGCCUGGAUAACAUAGUGAGACCCCAUCUCUACACAAAAAAAAGAAAAAGAAAAAAUUAGCCAGGUGUGAUGGCAUGUGCCUGUAGCCCCAGCUUCUCAGGAGGAUUUCUUGAGCCCAGGAGGUUGAGGCUGCAGUGAGCUAUGAUCAUACCACUGCACUCCAGCCUGGGGGACAGAACGAGACCCUGUCUCAAACAAACAUUUAUUUAAUACAAGGUAUUGGAAACCAUCCCCAUACCAAAUCAACAGGGAAUCCCCUGUCACCCUUCCUCAGUCCCACUUUCCUCCCCAGAGGUGACACGGUUAACAUCUGGUGUGGGUCCUCCCAGGCUUUUUGAAAAAAAAAAACUUUGUAACAAAAUUACCAAAUCAAAAUGGGUUUCCCUGCGGGGUAGUGAAGUUCCCUUCCCUGAAAAUGUUUGGAGACACAGUGGAUGAUCAUGUGCUGCACCGGGGUUCGUGGGAAGUAUUUCUGCUCAGCGUGGGAGGUGGAAUUAGAAGACUGUUUCCAAUCCUAAGACUUUCUGACUCACGUGGCACACACAGCUAGUUAGUGGUGGAGGCAGGUCCAGAACACAGGUAUUCAGAUGAGGUUCAGAUGAACUCCUUUCCUAGCAAGAUUUUCCUUAAAUUCUUCUCUGCCUCUUCCCAGCCCAUCAGGGAUAUAGGGCAGGGCAGAGAGACAUCUGUGUCUCCUCUAGUCUGGAGCAAGGGGAGUGUCCUGGGCCUGGGUUGUGAUGCCAUCCAGUGCCCACCCUCGUGGGGCUCCUGUGGCAUUAUUGCAGUGAGCACUUUCUUUCCGUUCCUGGCUCCAAGCCCUGUGUGUGCAUACACUGGUACCCACACAAGAGGUAGCACGUGAGCUGGCUCAGUCACUUGGGGCUGUGGUAACCACAUUCAAAAUGCAGCAUCAUGCUAAAGAGCCGCUGGGGACUCUGGGGACAAGGCUGUCUCCGACCCAGCUUUAGGGGGUGAGGAGAGGGAGCCAAACGGCUACAGCUGCAAGUCAAAGAGGUCAGAGGCCUUCUGAUGUUGGCGCUGGAAGCCUCUCCUUUCUUUCCCCACAGGUUAUGGGGGCUUCUCCACUCCCCGCUCUUAUUUGCCUGCUUCUCCAGGGAUCCCUAGAAGAGCAGUGGUUAGCAAGCAUAUGCUAUAGCCAUCAAAUACAAGUCUACAGAAAUGUAGGCUUCCACUUGGGGCUGAGUUAGGGCCUCUGCUUCUGAAAUGAGCAACCUCUGGUUGCUGGUGGGGGCUAGGGCUUGCUCCCUUUCUCUCCUCACAUACUCUUUCCUGGGUGACCUCAUCCCCUCCCAUUGCCUUAAACAUCUUCCAGGUACUGGUGUCAUCCACUUGUGUAGUUCCAGUUCAGAAAUCCCCUAUCAGCUCCAUUCAUUCAUUUGUUCAUUCAUUCAGCAAACAUACGUGGCAUCUCUGUCCCAGGUACUGCUCUACAAGCUGGGUGUACAAUAGGGACCCAAACAGACACCCCCUUCCCCAUGCACUCCCUGCUCACAGACACACCUGCGUGGCCGUGCCUGGGUGUCUUCACAGCUCCCUGAUGCUGAGCUGUGAUCCCACCCUUCUGCCUCCCUGGUCCCCCUCAGUGUGCUGCCACCAUUCACCUUGAGGCCAAGACAGAUGUUCUCAAAACCACCCUCUCAUUCCCUAACUCACUCACUCAUUUUUCGUGCAUUAAAUCUUUAUUAAACACCUGUGAACUCUGUCCUCAGGGAAACAAUGGUGAACAAGACCAACAGGAUCCCUGCCCUCAUGGGACUUACAUUCUAAUCAGGGAGAGAGGCCAGAAGACCAAUAGAUAAAAAAUAUCUCCCACCCGUAUUCCAACCUAUUACCAAGUUCUACAUUUCUAGCUCUGCAGGAGCCUCCUCCCAGGUCUCCCUGGGUCCCAUCUGCCCUUCUGCCACCAGUCUCCACCCAGCCACCAGAGAGCAUCUUAAAAUGGAAACUGGAUCAGAUCAUGUCACCCCUGCUUAGAACCCUGUCAAUGGCUGGGUUCCCACUUCGUGUACAAUCCAGACUCCUUAGGAGGGCCUAUGACGCCCUGCUGCUCCUCAUGUCCUUCCUGCCUCCACAGACCUGUUCAUGCCCCUGCUGUCAGCCCCUGAGACCAGCAGCUCACUUUCCUGUCAGUUUCCCACACAUCCCCAGCUCUCUCACCUUCAGUGUUUUUCCACUUGCUUUUCCCUCACAGGGACCACUUCACCCCAGUCCAGCCCCACCCCACCUCCUUCUCUUGGCUGAGAAGGCCUGGCUGUAAAUUUCACUUUCUUGGUGAGGCGUUUUCCCCUCACACAUCCACGCCCCUCUGCCUCUGUCAGUUUCCAUCACUGCAGCCAGUGCAUUUUCUUCAUGGUACUUACAGUCCUUUGUAACUAUGAAUUGUGUAUUGCCUGCUUCCCUGUAAGUUGCUAGGGCCUAUAGGGGCUCAGUAAAUAUUUUAUGAACAAAUGAAUGAAUGGGCUGGAGAUAGGCCUGGCAUGAGCAGCUGCUGAACUCCAUCCUCUCUUAUUCCUCGCAAGCCGUCUCCAGCUGGCUUUUGCACCUCAUUUCUAGGGCAUUCCUGGGAGUCCUUGGGGAAUAACAUGAAUGCUCUUCUUUUUACAUUAUGCAUUUCCUGCCUGAGAAACUGUCAGAAUAAUGAGGAAGCCUUAGAGAGAGAGUUCCCGUAGCCCUUCCUCUCUCUUCCUUUUAGAACCUACCAUUUUCUACCUGGUACUUUUUGGUACUUGUCAAAUUCCCCUUCCCACAGUGGCGAGUUGCUCAGAGGUGCUGGUUCAUCCCAGCUCCCACUCGAGGGCCUAGCUUGGUGGUCCAUGCAGAGUAGGUGCUCAGCGAAAUGUUGAAGUGAAUGAAGGAUAUGGUGAGAAAGGAAGCAAUGAGUAAGAAGGAAGAGUGAGAAAGAAGGAAAGAGGAAGAGGAGGGAGGGGCAAAGGGGUUGAUGAAGAGUGAAGAAGCAGAGGGAGGGAAGUGAGGUCAGGGAGUGGGAAACAGGGAAAGAGAACCCUGGCCCGGUGUCUACCUCAAGCCAGCACCCUACCCCACCCCUUCCAGUCUUCCUGGACUCGGAGCCUCCCGGGCCUGCCCCAGCCUUAGGUGGGACAGCAGGGUUCCUCCAGCCUGCCACUGACACCAAGGGCACCCUGAACUCAGCUCAGACCCCAGGCUGCCCGGAGCAGGAGAGACUGCUCCUGAAGAGACUUCUGCAGGGAUCAGAGCCCAGGAUUCCUUAACCUGAGGCCCAGCUCCAUCCCUGAGAUUCCUAGAGACUCCCCUCAGCUCCCCUCCCCUCAGCUCCUCAUAUUGAGCCCCUGAUCCAAGGACGAUUAACUCCAAAUCCAGCAUCAGUGAUCAAAUGUUCAUAGCAAACGAAGGAAAACAAACACCAGCUUUCCUCCUUGCCUCAGCCCUGGGGCCCCAGAGGCUUGGCUCAGAGACAGGUGCCCUGCCUCCUCCCCACGCCCGGCACAGGCCUGCCAGCUGCCCCUCGAGAAGACCAGGGGCCAGCCUCAGAGGCCCGGAGGAUCUGUUCCCAGAGUAGCUGUUGCCACCGUGACCCUCCCUGGGGUGGUGGCUCCUAAGCUGCCACGGGAGGCAGAGCUGUGCCACUACCACGGCCACCACCACCACCACCAGGGCUGCCACCACAGCAAAGCUGCUCCUGGGGCCUCCCUCCUAGUUAGGCUGCUGAGAGACCAGUCUGCGCUAUCCUCUCACCAUGCCAGGCAUCCACAGUACCAGGGAACAGGAGUCACAAUCAGCCCCCUUCCAACACCCCGGCAGCAUCCCGCUGUGUGCCCCAGGACCCGCUCUUCCCCUGAGGGGAUGACACUGCCCCCCUGGAAAAUUGAUUAGGGACCUCAUUUCUGUCAGCACCCCACUAGAGAUGGCAACCAGCUCUCAGGGCGCCUGGGGGCGGGAUGUUGAGGGCAGCAGGGAGGUAAGAAGGCUCCAGUGAUACCAGGCUCCCUCUGGGCCUCAGUGCUAGGUGGUGACAAGCUGGGUUUCCCUGGACAGGACUGGAGAGUUGCUCUCUAAUACUCUCCAUCUUUCUUCUUGGGUUCUUUCCCACCCCUGCCAGAGGCUCUUGCUAACUACUGUCCCCUUACAUACUGGCACCUAAACAUAAACACACAUUUCCAGAGUCGUCCUGCUCUCUUCAUUUUCUGACCUAUGCACAAGAAAGUAUCUUGUGUCAGUCAUCAGCACUCUAGUAUGAAUUUAGGGUCCAUGUAUAUUUUAUUUCCCAGGAGAUAGGACUGUCGACCUUCUCUCAACUUGUGGAGUGAGAGCCUUGUUCUCUGUGAUAGGAAGUCCUAGCACCAGAGAGCUCCAAGCAGGAUAGAUAAUUUUUUCGAUUAGGAGAGGAAGAAAUCCAAAACUUCCUGUGUGGGUCAAAUUAGGGGCCGGAGCUCUACAAGGAAUUCUGGCCUGACUCCAAUUAACAAAGAAGGACGUGGAGCACAAAAGAGAAAUCCAAAGUGAUAUGCAAUGGAGGCUGCCUCUGUCUGGAAGAUCUUCCUGCUCCUUGUGCUCCCCUCUUACAUUCUACUAUUGUGUCCUCAGCCUGGCAAACUCGUACUCAUCCCUCAAGGUCCACUCAACUGUCACCUCUGAGAAUCCUUCCUGGGCUCUCCCAGGUAGAAUUCCUCUGUCCUUUAUGCUCUCACAGAACCUUGAAUAUUCCUCCAUUAUAGCACUUACUGCAGUGAUAACUUGUUGCUUGUUUACUCAUUUAUGGAUGCUUUCCUUAUUAAUGUUUUUACCUCCAGCCCCUGCUCAGUGGUCAGGAGCUCAAAGGUGAACAAAGGAAUGAGUGAAUGAGUAAGGAGUGAAUGAAUUAGCUGCCCUCUGCUGACUUCUGCCCUUCACCCCUGUCAUUCUAGUCCAUGGUUGGGUUGUAAGAUUUGUCCAGAAUAAUUAUCUGGGAUGCUGGACCUCUCACUCUGCCAUCCCACCACCAUGUGCCAGCCAAGUCUCCUCUCACCCACGCCACCCUCACCAUCAGUACUCCCUUCCAAAGUUCCCCAUUUCCCCUCAACUCUCCAGGCUUCAGCCAUCUGGGCCUUUCUUUCCUGAUGUUAGUAGCUGCAAUUUACAUCACAGUUAACUUGGAACAGCGGAGGGGGCUAUAUCCUGGGUCCUUUCUCCCUCCGUCUGCUUCCUUCUCAGUCUUCAUUAGUGGUGUUCUGUGAGCCUCCCACCCACCCCAACUCUCCAAGUGCUAGUUAGGUGCUCAGGUUUGUGCUCUUGGACGAAACUCCUGCUACAUAAGUGGACAUAGAGAAAGAGGCUGGCAAGGGUUGUUUCCAGAGGCGUCUGAGCCAAUCCCACGCUAUUGCUGGGCUUGAGGUUCCACAUCUGUGAAUGGGAAUUAAGCUUCCCCUGCCUUCAUCCAAGGUGGGAUGAUAAUUAAAUGAGAGUGGAUGGAUGGGUCCUUUGGAACUCCUGAAGCACCACUGGAGGCAAGGGGUUAUCAUUCUUCUGGCUUUCUCUCUGUCGAGGACUUGGGUGUUCCUCCAGAGUCAGAGGGCAGGUGCCUCUGGAAGGUAUAAUAGCUAACGUGGAUUGAGUGUUUACGACCAGCCCAAGCCCCCUACAUGGCUUAAUGGAUCAGAGCAGCCCCAGGAGGUAAGGGCUCUUUUUAUCACUCACAUUUUACAGGUGAGGAAACCAGAGAGUAAUUUGACGGAGAUCUCACAGAUAGAUUUCACAGGCGAUUUUGACCAUGCUUCUACACUGGCUCUGUGGCCAGCCCCUUGGCACCAGCACCACCACUGCCAUCGAUUUCUGGUCCACGGCCAGAUUGCUAAUUCUAGCUCCACUGGCUUUGCCACUUGUGAGCUGCGUGACCUUGGGCAAAUGACUUAAUCUUUCUAAGCAUGGUCUGUGAAAUGGAGAUAAUGAAACAUCUCCAGAUUUUGCCCAGAGGAGUAAAUGGAGGUGGAAUAUGUGAAGUGGCUCUAGCUCUAGACCCAGGCAGUAAACAGUGCUCAGUGUGUGUCCUUCCCUAUUGACACUUACAGACCCUGCCUGGCAGGCCUGACUUGCACAACAGAAGCACUAGAAGUCCUUUUCCAGAAAUUCCUUGCUAGGGCCUCUCACUGUGGACUGAGAGGAUGGAGGCAGGUCCAACUCGAGGCAGGGUCUUGGGACACCAGUGCUCAUGAGACAACUCACUGUCAUGACCAUUUCCGCCUUAGUGACCCAGAAGUGGUGACACUUGUGUGCUUGCUUCCCGAAGCAGUGAGAAGCCAGAGGGAGACCCAUACAGCUGCUGGCUCCAAAGGCUGCUCCCUGCACGUGGGCACCUCAGCCCCACCUUCCAUUCCCCUCUCUCCCUGCUUCCCGGACCUGCUGGGGCCAGGAGCUGCCCCAAGUCCUUUCCACACACACCUGUGAGCUCCUGGGAAUGAGAUUAAAGGAGGCAGGGAGGUGAGAGGAAGCACAGGGGAAGACUGAAAGCAGAUCUCAGAAGCUGAGAAGAGGAAGAUGAAGAGGAGGAGGAAGGGGAAGGGAGAGUGGCAGAGAGAGGAGCAGUAGCCCGCGGAGCAGGGAGAGAAAAAGCAGGCAGGGAAGGGGGAGGGGCAGAGGAGGGGAAGGAGGAGGGACUGCACCCGGCUGUGGGCAGAGGCUGCAGGGCCUAAAAUGAACUGAACAGGCUGGAAAUAGAACAGCUGGGCAAACCCCAAACGCUUUGUUUGGGUGUCUGCUGAGCAAGCACGUGAAUGAGAAGAAAGGGGCAACAAUGCAAGGCAGAAGUGGCUCAUUUCACUCUGGAGGCAGGUCAGAACAAGAGGCAUGUGUUCCAGUCCAGCACAGAUUAGUCGGGGUUCUUUUUCCGGGAUGUUUUCUUUACGUAAUCAUUAUUUUUAACAGGCUGGCUUGGUGGCGGGAUUAGCCUGGCGCCACCCCAUCCUUGGCAGAUGGAAGGUUUGGGUUACUUUGAGACCAAGACCACUCUGGGUUCUUAUUCUAACUGUGGAUGCCACUGGCUUCGGGAGAAGAGAUCUUAAUCCACUUUCUAAAUGGAGGUUUAGGAAUCUAAGCUGUGUAAUGGAAUACUAUUUCCCUUAUUAGAACAAACCCUAACUCGGGUGCGGUGGCACACGUCUGUAGUCCCAGCUACUCAGCAGGCUGAGAUGGGAGGAUGGCUUGAGCCCAGGAGUUUGAGGUUGCAGCGCACUAUGAUAGCACCUCUAAAUUAGUCACGGCACUGCAGCCUGGGCAACAUAGCGAGACUCUGUCUAAAAAUAAUAAUAAUAAAAAAUAACAAAACCCAGUUCCAGGAUGGAUCAGGACUAGCCUGAGGGGCCCUGCCUGUCUCAGCUCACAGAACUGCACCAUGCCUCACACACACCAGCAUGCUUCGCCCUGGGAGGUGCCCAGGCCACCUGAGGUUCUGCCAUGGGCUGGUUCUUUCCCUGAUCACCAGCAGCGCCACCUCUGUGUUUUUCCCCUCCUCUCCCCACAACCCCCAACACACAAUAUGAAGAACCUUCAGUCCAGAAAUUAGACAUGGGACCAGCAGAGGCUAUGAAGAUAACUGGAGCCAAGUGGCCCCAAGAGCUGCCAUUUAGCCCAAUCCAAGGUGUCUGCACUGUGGGGCAUUUGCUUCAUCACUGACUUCUCUAGAAUUCAGGUCAGCUCUACUUGGGCCUGAAUGUGGACAGGAAUUAGGGGGCCCGAACUCCAGCCUCGCUUCCACCAUGGGCCGUGCAGUCUUUGGCAACUUGCUUAACUUGGCUGAGCUUCAGUUCCACGUUUGUAAAACUGGGGAUAAUACUGCCCACCUCAGCGGGUUCUCAUAAAGCUCCAAUGACAUCCUGUGUCCCUCCUACUUAGCUCAAUAACUUGACAUUUUAUAAGGUUUAAUUUCCUUCCUUCCUCUCUCCCUUCUUUUCUGAAUGAGCUCUAAGAACCUUUCCCAAUUCACUAGAGAACCUUUGAGGAAAGCUAAAUUGAGGAGAAAAGGAACACAGUGCAGCCCACAGCCUCCCCAUGAGGGGCUGGGGCUGGAGGGGUAGGUCUGGCGGAGGAGGGAAGGGGAGACAUGAGUGAUCAGAAGGUCUCAACCUAAGUGCUGGCGGCUUCUGUGACAGACAGGCAACUGAACCUGUAUAUGGUAUUUGGAUCACAGCUGGAAAUCAGGCUGGAUUUUGGCUUUAAUAAAAUAUUUGACAUUUUGUGGAGCUCAGUUUUAAACAUGGGGCUGAGAGCUGGCAGACCUAGGUCCAUUCCUCAAGUUCUAACUCAGUUCACCCUGCUGCUCUGGGCUUCAGUAUUCUCUGCUCUCCCUGUCAUCAGAUGGCAUUCACAUGAAGACCCAGCUGGUGAUCAAUUCGUGGCAAAAAGUGUCAGAAGCUAGAAGACUUAUCUCCGGUCAGUGUUUUCAACGUGGUAGUUAUCCUGCACGUGGUGAUUGUACAACCCUAAGUGGAAAUAGGACCCUAAAGUCCACUCUCUUCCAAGACUAGCCACUUAGAAACAUACCAGCAACCAUAAGGAAGCUGAUUUAAGACCCCUUGGCCCUGCUCCCAUAACGCACGCCCAACAGAGUUGGCUUGACUGUGGAACCAUCCCAAAAUCUCUCCUCCACACUGCCUCUUCUCUUCCUCUUCUCUUCUCUUGGCCUGAAGAAGCUUGCUCAGUGCACGUAUCUUGUCUUCAGGUAGAACUAGAAGUUGAACAAGUCAGUUUCCUCUUUCUGACAUUGAGAGGGUGGGUAUCAAGGAGGAUGUUUCAGAGAACGAAGAGGUUCUUGGCUCUUUGUACUAUCUGUGCCUGUUCAGCUCUAGCUGCCCUUGUUUGACCUGCUUCUUGCAGGAGGUAGUGGCCAGCAUCGUAGGGAAUGCCCAUGAAGUACUCUGGGCUUCUCCGAUGUAAAGGGUGAGAAAAAUCAAAGCCAGCUCUUAUCUCCAUCCAGAUGGUGGGGAUAAAAACAGUCCAAGCCCGUUUCUUGCCUCACUUGUCCAGUGGCUAAGCUAAUGCCAAACUGGGAUUUCUCUGACCUCAUGUUAACCCGACCUCAAGGCUGCCAGAGUAUCAGCUACUAAAUCACCAAUCUAUAAAAGUCAUCUUGCAGCCUUUUCCAGAUCCCAGAAGGAGUCUUUACUCCAUCCUGACCUCAGAAGCCACCUUGCAUCCUCUGCCAAUGCUUUCUUCUUCCUGUAUUUAGGAAUCACAUCUAUCACUUGGGGUCCAGAAAAUAUUUUUAGCUACCAACCAUGAGUCAGACUUCAUCCCCAUUUACAACCGUGUGACUAGAGGGUAGGGAGUUGGAGAAGAUUCCUCCAGCCACAGAACAGCUCCUCGAACAAGCUUUUGCAAAAGACAAGUCUCGUCAUGCCCUUCCUUUUCCGAAAAGUCUUCUCUGACUCCCUGCUGGAUAAAGGUUAGAAGCUUGAGUGUGGCUUCCCCAGAACCUUCACCGUCUGGUCCCAGCCUCUCUUUUGGGCCUCAGUCAGUCCCUGCCCUCCCUCCCACACACACUCGCACUCCAAUCCCAUGCACAUAGAAGUGUUUGAAUGUAUGUACUUUCCUGCUUUGGGUCACACGCUUCCCUUUGCUUGGAGUGUCCCCUGGCUUUCCUCCACCUGUAAAUCUGCUCAUCCUUUGUGAAGUCUUUUCUUUCUUUUUCUUUUCUUUCUUUUUUUUUUUGGUACACAUUUAUUGGGUACAAGUGCAAUUUUGUCACAUGCCUAGUUGCAGAGUAGUUGUAUCAGGGCUUUUAGGGUAUCGGUCACUCAAAUAACAUACAUUGUACCCAUUAAGUAAUUUCUCAUUGUCCACCCCUCUCCCACCCUCUCUCCCUCUGAGUCUCCAUUGUCCGUCAUUCUACUCUCUACAUCCAUGUGUACACAUUUUUAAGCUUCUACUUAUGAGUGAGAACAUAUUUGUCUUUCUGUGUCUAACUUAUUUCACCUCUUGUUCCAGCUAUGUUGCUGUAAACGACAUAAUUUCAUUCUUUUUAUGGCUGAAUAGUAUUCCAUGUGUAUGUGUAUCACAUUUUCUUUAUCUACUAAUCAUCUAUUGGUGGGCAGGGCAUUUAGGUUGAUUCCAUGUCUUUGCUAUUGUGAAUAAUACUGCAGUAAACAUACGAGUGCAGGUACUUUUUUUUUUUUUAGGCAAGAUCUAGCUCUGUCACCGAGACUGGAGUGCAAUGAUACCAUCACAGCUCACUGCAGCCUUGACCUCUCAGGCCCAAGUGAUCCUCCUCUGAGUAGCUGGGACCACAUGCCAUCAUGCCUGGCUAAGUUUUAAUUUUUUGUAGAGAUGGGGUCUUGCCAUGUUACCCAGGCUGGUCUGGAACUUCUGGGCUUGGGCAGUCCUCCCGUCUCAGCCUCCCAAAGUGUAGGGAUUAUAGGUGGGAGCCACCAGGCCUGGCUUUCUUUUAGAUAUAUUGAUUUCUUUUGUGAAGUCUUUUCUUUUUUCUUUCUCUUUUUCUUUUUUUUUUUUUUUUUGAGACAGUCUUGCUUUGUCACCCAGGCUGGAGUGCAGUGGUGCAAUCUCAGCUCACUGCAACCUCUGCCUUUUGGGUUCAAGUGAUUCUUCUGCCUCAGCCUCUCAAGUAGCUGGGACUACAGGUGCGUGCCACCAUGCCCGGCUAAUUUUUGUAUUUUUAGUAAAGACGAGUUUCACCAUAUUGGUCAGGCUGGUCUCAAACUCUGACCUUGUGAUCCACCCACCUCUGCCUCCCAAAGUGCUGGGAUUACAGGCGUAAGCCACCGCACCUGGCCUUGUGAAGUCUUUUCUAAUCCACCCUGUCCCACCGGCAGAAUGUUUCGCCCCUUAGCCAGUGAUAUGCCUUUACAAGAGCAUAUGUUGCACUAGAUGUUUACUCGGCUGCUUUCCACAGGCCCUUUCAAAGGCCAUAGAUUAGACCCACCUUUCCUAUAGCCCUAGCCAAUUAGAUCACAGAGACCUAUGUAGAUAUGGUAGGAAAAAUUAUCCAGAAUGUAGCUGUGACCUGGAGGAUGCCUGCAUGUUCCUUCAAUAUCAUACUAAGGCUUUGUCUGUCAUGAAGAUUAUUAAUUCUCUAGAAGUGUGCUAUCAACAGAUGGCUAUUGAACAUUUGAAAUGUGGCUAGUGCCUCAUGUCAAAAUGACAAUAUUUUGAAUGUGUUAAAUAAAUUAUUAAAAUGAAUUUCUCCUGUUUGUUUUUACUUUUUAAUGUGGCUACUAGAAAAAUUUAAAUUAAACACCUGGUUCACAUUAUAUAUCCACUGGAAAGUGCUGCAGUAGAAGACAAUAAUUGUUUGACUUUGUCAUUUGCUAUUAUUAAUUAAGGGCUCAGAGCGUGAAGUUACAUGUUAUAGGGUUUUGUUUUUGUUUUUGUUUUUGUUUUUGUUUUUGUUUUUGUUUUGCCUGUUAGAGAUUCAAGUGAUUUGUAUCCAGUAGGAAAAAUAACCCCAGUUUUAUUUCUCUGUAGGACAUUAACUAGAUUUGUAUUUUUAAAAAUUAUUUUGGUGUGCCUUUUAAAUCCCAGUUCCUCAAAUGCUCUUUGAAUCAACUUUAUUAUCAUAUUGUUUCCCUUGUCAGUUAAUGAGUUCAAUAAA